CAUUAUUAAAACCAGAAAACUGGUUCUCAUAAAAAAAAAAUUGAAUAAAAAUCUGAACUCACGUAUCAGUCUUCUGUUCUGUCUCUACACAGUGUGAGGUGGCGCUAUUCCAACUUCAACGAGGAGGUGGAUAUGGCGCGAAAGCUGACGCCGGAGGAAGAGAAGCAAGCCGUUAGAGACAUUUCUGUGGCCGCCGAAGCCCAGACCAAAGUCGGCGAUACUUUCUAUUUAAUAACCCAGAGAUGGUGGCAAAACUGGCUUGAGUACGUAAACCAAACUAGCAUCGUUAAUGAUGAAUCUUCUUCCGAGCAUCAGGGGGCAGUCAACUUAAGUGCAUUGAAGAAACCAUCUUGCAUUGACAACUCUGAUUUAAUAGAUGAAGCAGUAUCUGAGGAUUCUGCUAUGGGCAUUGAACUUCAUGAUACCUUAGUGGAAGGAACUGAUUAUAUACUGCUUCCAAAAGAAGUCUGGAACAAAAUGCAUUCAUGGUAUGGUGGUGGUCCUGUGUUGGCCCGUAAAGUGAUCAACACUGGUCUUUCUCAAACAGAAUUGUCAGUAGAAGUUUAUCCACUACGACUCGAGUUACAUUUGAUGCCGAAAGGUGAUCGUUCGGCCAUAAGGAUGAGCAAAAAGGAAACAAUUGGAGAACUUCACCGAAAAGCUUGUGAAAUUUUUGAUCUCACACCGAAGCAAGUAUCUAUUUGGGAUUAUUUUAGCCAUCAAAAACAUGCAUUGAUGAAUGACAUGGAGAAGACGCUGGAUGAUGCAAACAUUCAAAUGGAUCAGGAUAUCUUGGUAGAAGUAAUCAAUAUUAAAUUAGAAGGUGGUUUGAGUUCCAACCAAGAGAAUGGGUCAAUGAAUAAUGGAAGCCUGGCUGCUGCUACUUCUCAUUCAAGUAUUGCAACUUCCGGAGGUUUAUCUGCAAGCAAGUAUUCAUCAAGAAAUGGUAAUUCGGGAUCCCACUUUCAAAAUCUAAAUACGGAAAAGGCAUAUGGAACGAGCGGUGUCAGUACAAGAGGGGCAAUUUGUGGUCUCACUGGAUUGUUGAAUCUUGGGAACACUUGUUUUAUGAACAGUGCUAUACAAUGCCUAGUUCAUACACCAGAAUUUGCUUGGUAUUUUCGCGAAGAUUACCAUCAAGAGAUUAAUCGACAGAAUCCUCUUGGCAUGGUUGGGGAGCUUGCUUUAGCAUUUGGAGAUCUGCUUAGAAAGUUGUGGGCACCAGGACGAGCUCCGGUUGCUCCUCGGCUAUUUAAGUCAAAGCUAGCUCGCUUUGCUCCGCAGUUCAGUGGAUGCAGUCAACAUGAUUCACAGGAACUACUUGCAUUUCUCUUAGAUGGGCUUCAUGAAGAUCUGAAUCGUGUAAAACACAAACCAUAUAUAAAAUCUAGAGAUGCAGAUGGUAGGGCCGAUGAAGAAGUUGCAGACGAGUAUUGGGCAAAUCAUAUUGCUCGUAAUGAUUCGAUUAUCGUGGAUGUCUGUCAAGGCCAAUACAAAUCAACUCUUGUAUGUCCUGUAUGCAAUAAAGUUUCAGUCACAUUUGACCCAUUCAUGUAUCUGUCGUUGCCUCUUCAGUUUACUGCCACUCGUAGUAUGACGCUGACUAUUUUUACAUGUGAUGGAAGUGCAUUGCCAGCAGCCUACACAUUAACUGUGCCAAAGCACGGGCGUUGCAGAGAUUUGGUCCAAGCACUCAGUAAUGCUUGUUCUUUGCAAUUUAAUGAGAAACUUCUGCUUGCAGAGAUAAGAGGCCAUUUGAUUUACCGAUUCUUGGAAGAUCCAAUGAUAUUAUUAUCUACCAUAAAAGAAGAUAACCACCUUACCGCUUGCAAGAUUCCAAAAGUUUUGAAGAAAACAAAGUUCCUACAGCUGAUACACCGGCGGGAAGAACAGGGUAUAGGAAAUGCCCAGAGCCCUGUUGGGUGGAAACCUUAUGGAACUCCUCUUGUUUCACCAAUAUCCUGUGAUGAUACUAUAACUAGAAGUGACAUACAACAGAUAGUUCAUACUAUGCUCUCACCGAUGUUAAGAACAAAAGGUUCAGGUGCUAUGACCACGAGCAAUGCUUCAGUUGUGGCUUCAAAUGAAUCCCAUGCAGAUUCUAGUAUAGCCGAUCCAACAAAAGGAGAUGGUGGAAGUUCAAAACCAAUGCUGUCAGAGAAGCUUCCACUGCAGCUGGUUGACGAAAAUAAUGCUUGCAUCGACUUAACUGUUGGUGAUGAUAAGGUGGUCAAAUUAUCAUUAUCCUCCAUGUCAAUUCUUGUAUUUGUUGACUGGUCCCAGAAGCUUCUGGCAAGUUACGAUACCAAACACAUAGAAAAUCUUCCAGAAGUUUGUAAGCAUGUGCAUGUUAGCAAGAAAGCUCGUAAUGAACCUCUCUCAUUGUACACUUGCUUGGAAGCUUUUCUACGCGAGGAGCCGUUGGUACCUGAGGACAUGUGGUACUGUCCUCAGUGCAAGGAGAGGCGCCAGGCAAGCAAGAAACUGGACCUUUGGAGGCUUCCAGAAGUUCUUGUUAUUCACUUGAAAAGAUUCUCCUACAGUCGGUCGAUGAAGCACAAGCUUGACACAUUUGUAAAUUUUCCCAUUCAUGACUUCGAUUUGACAAAUUAUGUUGCGAACGAGAACAACACACGGCGUCAGAUAUAUGAACUCUAUGCCCUGACAAAUCAUUAUGGCAGCAUGGGUAGUGGACAUUACACAGCACACAUUAAGCUUCUGGACGAAAACAGGUGGUACAACUUCGAUGACAGCCACAUAUCACCUAUCAAUGAAGAAGACGUGAAGUCAGCUGCAGCUUAUGUCCUAUUCUAUAAAAGGGUUACACUUCUGUCCGAUGAGGAGAGUGCAGAUAGAAUCCUGAUCCUCUUGAAAACCACUACCGAGGGACUGUCUCAAUUGUACUUUGCUGUGGGAGAUCAUGUCUGGAGCUCUCAAGGCUUCAUCCUCAGAUUUGUGCAGGCUGCACCAAAUGUAUGGAAUUUCGUGCUCUCAGCACCAAGCACAAAUGCAUAUGUUGCCAUAGGCUUCUCACCCAAUGGUAACAUGGUAGGCUCAACUGCCGUGGUUGGUUGGGUGGAAUCUGGUGGCACUUCUAACAUGAAGCAAUACUUCUUGGGAGGCCAACAACCUAGCCUCGUUACGUUGAUUCAGACACCCACUCAAGGGUUGCCAUUUGGCAACGCCUCCACCAUGCUUGUCCAGUCAGGCCGAAUCUACAUCGCCUUCCAGCUCCUCACCGCUCAGCCUGGCUCGCGCCUCAUCUACGCGGUGGGGCCGGUGGGGCGCCUACCCCAGGCCCCCGAUUUCCGAUUGACCGAACAUCAAGAUAAAAUCGCCACCUCCUUGAAUUACGCAUCAGGUCAAUUUCAAACUGAGAAACGGCCAGAGUCGAAUCUCCGGAGGAUCCAUGGGCUCUUGAACAUGCUGGGCUGGGGCAUCUUGAUACCAAUUGGAGUGAUGGUAGCUCGGUACAUGAGGAAGUGGGACCCACUUUGGUUCUAUAUGCAUGCCGUUACUCAAUCAAUAGGCUUUAUAUUGGGUUUAAUUGGUGUAAUGUGUGGCUUUGUUUUGGAUGGUCGUCUCAGCGCCGACGUUCCCAUACACAAAGCUCUUGGAAUUGUUAUUAUCAGUUUUGGCUGCCUUCAGGUUCUGGCUCUCCUAAUCCGACCGGACAAGAGCUCAAAAGUUCGAAAAUAUUGGAAUUGGUAUCAUUUUGGGGUGGGAAGGGCUUUGGUGUUUUUGGCUGUGAUAAAUGUGUUUUAUGGCAUCCACUUGGGGAAGGCCGGUUCAUCGUGGAAUGUUGGAUUUGCAGCGUUUCUCGUCGUUUUAUUCGUCAUAACUCUGAUCAUGGAGAUUAGAAUAUGGUGUAGAGAAUGAUACUAUGUUCCUUUUAUAAAUGUAUUACCACUAGUAAGUUAUUAGUUUAUUAUGAUUGCAUUUUUUUCAUAAUUACUUUGAUUGAGGGAUCGAGGCAUGUGUUUCA